AUGCCUCUGUUCAGUUUCCCGUCAACUACCCAGCGACGGACAGAAAUGGAAUCGAACGCCUUGAAGAGAAGCCACGACGACUUCUCCGGUGAUGAGGUCACCGUUGAAGAUCGUGGCCUUGAUGCUGGCGUCAAGCAACAGGCCACCGAGCCAGCCAGACAGUUCCACACGAGCAAAGCCAUGACUCCCGACGUCGACAUCGCACGUGUCUCUUCCUCUCCCCUGAGUAGCCCAGGCUCUCCUCUCAGCGACAUCGGCACCUGCACGCCGCCUCGAGGCUCACCAUCUCCUCGCGCUACACCGACCAAGGCCGCUUCAGACAAGUUGGCCACCGCUGCCUCGAAACCUCCCGCCUCGGCAUCCAAGACCUCAGCUCAGCCCCCCGCCAAGCGAAAGCGCCGUACCGCCGCAGAGAAAGAAGCUGAAGAGAGGGAAAAGGCACAGAAGAAGAAGGAGCGUGAGGAACUGAAGGAGGCGAAGCAGAUUUCAAAGGCAAUCGAAAAGGCAAAGGUCGACGCGGAAAAACAGGCUAAGCAGGCCGAAAAGGCAAAGGCCGAGGCCGAGAAGCAGGCCAAGAUAGAUGAGAAACGCCGCAAGAAGGAAGAAGAGGAACGGAAGGCCCGCGAGGAAAAGGAGAAGAAGGAGCGUGCUCAACCAAAGCUCAUCUCAUUCUUCUCAAAAACACCAGCAACUCCGAAAAAGGAGACACCCGCUACCAGCACAAAAACCGAAAGCCCCGUCAAGGCUCCUAUUGCAGACUCGACGAAAUCACCAGCCGCAAAAGAAGAAAAGUCGGAAUAUGAGAAGCGAUUCAAGCCUUUCUUCGUUCACGAGACGGUCCGCAUGGCCAAGAGCCCCUUUGAGAUGGACGAGGAGACGCAAGUCGCCAAAUCGACAAUACUGGAGGAAUUCUUCCAAGGCAAGAGAACAAAAGAAAUUCGCAAGGGCGACUUCGACCCUGUCGAGGCCCUUCAACUGCCCAGCCGCCCCGCACCUCGUGGCAGAAUCUAUCCGCCCGUCAAAUACACCGUAGAGAAAAUGCGGAAACUCACACAAAAGGCUGAGGGUGCAAGCGAAGAAGACAAGAAGGCCAUCAUGAAGGAGACCACGGAUGCCCUCAGAAAUAUCCCAAUUAAGACCCUGCGAUUCUGGCAGGAUGUACGCCCACCCUACAAAGGAACCGUCACUCUCAGACCCUAUCAGGCUGGUAAGGACGGCAUGCGGCGACUCGCACGAAAACCGACCCUCCGCGACCUGAUGCCUAUCAACUACGACCAUGACUCGGAAGCUGAGUGGGAGAGCGAGGGAGAAGACGUCGACAUCGACGACGACGAUGAGGAGGACUUGGAUGGCGAUGACGACAUGGACGAGUUCCUCGACGAUUCAGAGGACACUGGUCCCGCUCGAUAUGUAAGUGCCAAUGGUCUCGAACCGGUCAGCACCGGUCUCUGCUGGGAGGAUCGCAAGCGCAUGGGGCCCGUACGUACCGUGUACGAGCAUCGGAUGGAGUUCAUUCUCGAGAGCCUCGACCGCCACUCAGGCAUCGACCCCUUUUCGACCAAGUACUGGGAACCGGAGCCCAAGCCAAAAGCCGCCAAGGCCACCAAAGACAAGGCGUCCAAGGAGAAGGCGUCUAAGGAGAAGGUUGUGGCGGAAUCCUCAACGCCGGCCAACGCUUUCCAGGCGCUGGGCGCCAAGAAUAACGCACAAUCUCUACCCAAGAAGCUCCUGGAAAACAACCAUUUGCAGGAACUCAAAAAGGUUAUCCAGGCGAACCCCAAGAUCGCCAAGGGUGGGCUGAUCGAUCUGUCGUACGUUGCGCUUGCCCACGCCAAGAUCUCACGCAGUGAAAUCAAGGAGGCCAUCGCGACGAUUGCCGAGCGCUCUGGCGGCCAAGGCCGAGCUGGCACCUGGGUUCUCAAGCCGUUAUAUCUCGACUGA